ACCGGACCGCAGGAAUUUGUGUGGUCCGCGCCUCCCCUUCCACUUCCACGGCGCUCCCGCGGCAUCCCCUGCGUCGUCAUCGUCGCGGCGCGCUGCAACCUAAGCCUAACUGCCUAAGCAGCGGCCUCCCAAUGGCGUGGUGAAGAGAAUCCCCUGCUGUCCCCUUGCUGUCGUGUCGUCUUUCCCAGGGAGAGAAGAAGAAAGAUGAACUGCUCCUCUUGCUGCGGCGCCGCCGUUUCGUCUGUUCCGGUGGUUCUCGCCAGGCCGCGGGUGAGGUUUACUGCUUCCUGCUCCACAAGAACAGACCAGAAGGUGCUUUUCCUCGGUUCAAAACGGUUUCCACGGUUCACAUACAGCCCAUCAAGACGUGCGUCAUCACGGUUGUCACGGAGAGAGGUAAUAGCUUUUGCUGGGCAGCAGUCUUGGGACAUCGGCAGAUUUGUCAGGACUUUGUACUUCUUUAACGGCCCCCCAAACCCUCUCAAGAUUGUAGAAUCCAUCAUUAGCAGUUUCACUGGCUCUGCUUCUACUGAAGUGCCCAAGAAAAUGGAAACAUCAGAUGUGGUGCUGGUCACUGGAGCCACCGGUGGUGUUGGGAGACGGGUGGUUGAUAUCUUGCGGAAGAAGGGCGUACCAGUUCGAGUAUUGGCUAGAAACCAAGAUAAGGCAAGGAGCAUGUUGGGGACGGAUGUAGAUUUGAUCAUAGGAGAUGUUACAAAGGAAGAUACACUCGAUCCUAAGCUCUUCAAAGGGAUCAAGAAAGUAGUGAAUGCAGUCUCUGUCAUAGUUGGGCCAAAGGAAGGUGAUACACCAGAUAGGCAGAAGUACAAACAAGGCAUCAAGUUUUUUGAACCUGAGAUCAAGGGACCUUCACCUGAAAUGGUAGAGUACAUUGGAAUGCAAAAUUUGAUUAAUGCCAUAAAAAAUAGUGUUGGACUAAGUGAAGGGAAACUUCUAUUUGGGCUCAAAGGCAACUUAUCUGGAAAGAUCGUGUGGGGAGCUCUUGAUGAUGUUGUAAUGGGUGGUGUUAGUGAAAGCACGUUCCAAAUCCUACCAACAGGAAGUGAAACUGGUGGGCCAGCUGGGUUGUUCAAAGGUACUGUAUCUACUUCAAAUAAUGGUGGGUUUACUAGUAUAAGGACAAAGAAUUUUACAGUGCCAGAGGACCUGUCAGCAUAUGAUGGUAUUGAAUUACGAGUUAAAGGUGAUGGACGACGGUAUAAACUCAUAAUUCGGACUAGCUAUGAAUGGGAUACUGUUGGCUACACAGCAAGCUUUGACACCACUAAGGGAGAAUGGCAAAGUGUUAAAGUACCUUUCUAUUCUCUGAGACCUGUAUUCCGUGCUCGUACUAUGACUGAUGCUCCACCAUUCGAUGCAAGCAAUAUCACUUCACUGCAGCUUAUGUUCAGCAAGUUUGAAUAUGAUGGAAAACUCAACCCAACAUUUGCUGAAGGUCCAUUCGAACUUCCCUUUUCAAGUAUUAGAGCAUACAUAAACGAGCCAAUCACUCCAAGGUUCGUUCAUGUGAGUUCUGCAGGAGUUACAAGACCUGAAAGACCAGGGCUAGAUUUAAGCAAACAACCGCCUGCUGUUCGCUUGAACAAAGAGCUUGGCUCCAUCUUAACUUAUAAGUUGAAGGGAGAGGAUUUAAUUAGGGAAAGUGGCAUUCCAUACACUAUUGUACGACCAUGUGCAUUAACUGAGGAACCAGCUGGAGCUGACCUUAUAUUCGAUCAAGGGGACAAUAUCACAGGAAAGAUAUCAAGAGAAGAAGUUGCUUGCAUUUGUGUAGCAGCUCUGGCAAGCCCAAAUGCAGUGGGGAAAACUUUCGAGGUCAAGAGCACUGUUCCAUUCAGUGAAGCCUAUGUGAUUGACCCUUCAAAUCCCCCUCCUGAAAAGGACUAUGAAGUGUACUUCAAAGAACUCAAAGAAGGCAUCACGGGUAAAGAGGCACUAGAAGCGACACCUGCUUAAUUCUGAAGAAUUGUUGCAUGAAGAAUAUUAUCUGCUUUUGGUAAAUUUUGAAAUGGUAAUCCUCCACUUUGCACGCCUUAAUCCAUCUAGAAGAUAGAUGGCAUUAUAAUGCUGAAUUUCAGAGAUCAAGCUCAGACCAAUGAAUAUUCCGGAGAACUAGCAGUGCAUCCUAAAGCUGAGCUGAAACCUGAAACUCAUUAUUUAUACGUGUCAGUAGCUCUAGUGUUUGAUGAUUUGUGCUAUAAUCCUGAUGUUGCAUACUUUGCAUCCAUGAUGAUUUUAAUACUAAAGGGGAGAUUCUUUGUGAAAUAUCGAUUUUGAUAUAUAAUGUAAAAAGAGCAGGCAGUGACAAUAUAA